UUAUAUCCUGUCACGCGGAAGUGGCGCAUCGGUUAAACUUAGUGAUCAGCCGCAAAAUACCAAAAAGCGACCAAAGUCGGCGUCUAAGGUGCAGGUGGAAACCACCAGAAGUAAUGUGCUUUUAGGCACAUUGCAAAUGAUAACAGAGAACAACCUCUCGAUUCGAUUCCCGGAAUGGGAAGGUGUUCAGUUGCUAUUGGGUCCUUUGUGGAAUGCAUGCGAUUUAAAAUUUUCAAGGAACGCACUUCCAACCCUCAUUCACCGUGCUGCUGACAUUAUGCGGCAAACAAUGGCCGGUAAGUUUUACCAAACGCCAAUUUGCCUUAAAGUAGAUGCAGCAACCCGGCAUUCGAAGUCGAUUUUUGGCAUAAACUUGACUUUUACGGAUGACGACGGCAUUGUACAGAUAAUGCAUUUAGCUGCUCACGAAAUGCCUGAAAGACAGACGCAAGAGAAUCUACAACGAGUAAUUAUGGAUGAGAUCAAGGUUUUUGGGAUUGAAUAUUCGCAAAUUGUGGCUAUCACCAGCGACAAUGGUCAAAAUAUAUUGGCCGCAGUUCGAUACAUGAAACUGUUGGGAGAUACCCUAGAGGGCUCCCUCGGUAGCAUUCUUCGCAAAGAAUAUUCACUUGUUGCGAACUCUUGUGAUUCGGAGAUUUUUUUUUUAUGAUUAUGGAGAAUAUCGAAACACCGGAACUGACUGAAACCUUUGUUAGAGAUGAGGAAGACAUUUUAGAAUGCGAAUUACAGAUGGUACCUGAAAAUGACGACUUCGUUGAAGAUUUAUCUCGAACCGAAUACGACGAUGAACUGUUUGAAGAUGGCGAAGAUGAUAAGAUGAUUAACAUCGACAUCCUGGAAAGUGUAAGAUGUGGAGCCCAUACAGCUCAAUUGGCUGUAUGGGACGUCUUGCGAGAGUACAAAACUCGCCUCUCGAACAUCAACAAAAAAUGCCUCAGAAUGC